AUGCACUCACUUUUCAUGCAAUGCUGUGUCCAGAUUCAUGAGCAGGCGCGAGAGCUGACCCAGCUGUGCCAACAGUUGUGGGAAGGGACGGCUGUGUCCUCGUCACUCAGUGAGCAUCUCCAGACCCUCCUCACCCAGGAGGGUGACGACAACCACCAGGAGGAAGUGGCGGAGGGGCUCAGGCUGGCGGAGAGCCUCACCGGCUUGCUCAGCCCAGAAAAUCCUGAGGAAGUUGAAGUAGAUCAAGAACCACUGGAUGACCAAAACAGUGAGUUCAACUUCCUUGUGGAAGCCCAGUGGCGAGAGCUGAAGCAUCUCUACUACAAGUUACAGGCAGGGAGGGCUGCGUCCUCCUCCCUCACUGGGCAUCUCCAGGCCAUUGUCAGCCACGACCAUCCUGACUGCUCGCAGGGUCAAGGUCGUAGACAACACCUGGCGGAGGGGCGCAGGCUGGUGAAUCAUCUGGCCCACUUGCUCAGCCCAGAAACCUACGAGGAUGAGGAAGAUGAAGAGGUGGCCACACUGGCCUCCAGCUUCCACAGUGAGCUACAGGAGGGGACAGUGAAUGCACUUUCUGAGGCCCUGAAUGGGCAGGAUGUCCCUCCCUCUGGGGGUCCUGAUAUGUGUGGUGGCCAAGAGCAUCUCAGCGGAGCUAGCACUGGCUUUCUGUCUGAGGAGUCUGAGGGCAGCACUGUUCUCGAGGGAGCAGGUGAAUACGGCUAUGAAGCAGCUCCCAUGCAGGACGCCUGUCUCCAAGGGCCUUGGAGUGAAGACCUGAGCCCCCAAGUGUCAGAGGUACAAGCCUCAAACACACAGCUUCAGAAGAGCACUCCGGAAGCCAACUGUUUGCAGCUGCAGCUGAACCAGCAUUGGGACUGUGGCCAUGACCUUGCCAUGUGGAGCAUCCCUUGCACCCCCUGGAGCCUCUUUACCAGCGCAGACUCUGGACACCAGUGGCUACUUCUCCCAGCAGCCCAGCCAAGUCUCACCACACUGACCCAGACAGUCUCUGUGCUGCUCGCUGCCCCAGGUGUCCUGAAACAGACCAUUAGCAAGAGGACAUUGCUGGUCAGCAAGUGGAGACUAACGUGCAGCUCCCCAGGCCUCCAGCUUCGGGUGCAGAGAUACCAAGUGCUGCUGGAACUGUGAAAACACUGAGCUUUUCAGAAAAAUUAAUAAUUCCACCUGGUGGCAAAA